CGACUUUGCCAAGAACUCAUAUUUCAACAACUGAUCAAAUUCAUCGUCCUACGGCUGGCGCUUUUGGUACACAACACGCGAAUCUCGAUACUUCUGCCUUCAUUUAUACAUGGAAUGACAAAGUAAUCGAAAUCCGUUAUAAGCGUGAUUUCAAAUUAUAUGAUACAUUCGACUUGAGGAAGUACAAUUAUGAGCAAAAAUGUAAUCCGCUAAAACCGAAAGACGAAGGAUACCUUCGUGAGAUUGUGAGAGUAACCGAUUGUAUAGUCGGAACAAAGUGCUUGUUAAUAUGCACGCGGACUACCAAGUCAGAAUAUAGAUUUCUAUUGUACAAUAUAUAUGAGAGGAUCGCACAUACUUUACCGAUGAGCUUGGACAAAUUGAUCCCUACAAUAAAUGACGUUGUAUUUUCUGAGAAGAUAUUGCAUAGCGAUGAUGAAAACCAAAAAUUAAAUCAAGCACGUACAACUGCAUCAGCAUCUUAUUUAAUCGUUAUUGCUUCUGCUAUUGGAAUAUCUUUAUAUCGAUUAUUACCCCCUGAGGAGGGAUUUUGUUCAAAAUUUCGAGUGAUUGAAGAGCAUUAUCAGCAGUUAUAUACUAGAGAACCUGUAUCAGCAGUGAAUGUAUAUGUAUCGUCACAUCAACUUCAUGGCACUAAUGACAUUCCGUUCAUAAUCGCAGGUGGCAUGCGGGGGCUUAUCGAAAUAUUUAGUUAUGAAUUUGAUCUGAAAAUACAACAGAUUCAAUCAAUAGAACCUCCGGUGUCAUUAGCACCGAUUACCCAUAUAAUUUCACGUCCUCCUCAUGCAGAUAACAAAGGACUAAUCAUUGUCGGACAUGGUGGUCUUGAUCCAGCAUUGAAUGAUGAUUUCAUAGAACAGAUUGAUCCGAAACCAAUAAUCAGGUUCUUCAAAACGUCCUUUGGCUUUGGUGAUCGGUCGUGUCAAGAAUUUGAACAAAGUUUUGAAGGUCGUCCAGAUUUGAAUGUUAUCAAAGGAAGAAUUGUUGCCAUUACAUCCACUGCUGACGGUAUUGAUUACACCUUAUGUGUCGCAUUAGAAUCCAUUUAUUUGGAAAAAGACGCUAAUGAUGGCCCAGAGCUCGCAAUAUUUAAAAUUGAAGGUGCUCAAACAAUUUCUCUUAUAUGUUGGGAAAAUAUUUCUGCAUUAUGCAAUUCGUUACCAGUAUUGGAUAUUGAUGCACCUAUACGCUAUGCUAGGUGUGAAAUCCUUUUGCCGGAUAGAACGGUCUUUUUUGAUCCAAAUAUUAAAACACAAUAUGAAGUACCCUAUGACCUGAAACCGUCAUUCACCGAGUGGUUUGACAAAGCUGAAUUUAUAAAAUUUACUCCCUAUGCCUCAAUUACAUUUAAUGGUAUUCGAUCUCGACGUAACCAAAUGGAUGGAGAACUCAUUUUUGAUAUGUUACUUCAAUUUGUGAACAUCGACCCAGAGUCUUAUCCUCCGCUUGAUAUAGAAGCAUUGAAAACUUUGUUUGAUGAGAUAUUAAAAAGCAAUGAUAUUGACAUGUUAAGGAAGCAUUGUCUUGUAUAUUAUCUUUUAAAAGAUUGGCAAGCUUUUAGUAAAAGGCAUCAAAAAUAUGCAGCCAGAUAUUUAAUCCCACCAAAUUUUUUGUGUCUUAUGGACGGGUAUUGGGCUUUAGAUCAUUGGCAAUUCGCAGAAGCCAUUAGAUUUUUAACUGAGCCAACGGUCACUGUGGAUUGGGAUAUAAAAGUUAUGCAAGUAUUGUUGAAACAUGUGGGCCCAUACGAUGCGUUAAAGUAUACAAAUCUUAACAGCACUCAGGAAAAGUCACCAGAAAAUAUAGAGAUAUAUAUGGAAAUUCUAUUGCAGUGCGAUAUAUGUGAAGCCUUACUUUUUCAACGACAGCAUAGGACUCACGCUGAUGAUUUAGCGUUAUUCAAAAAGUUAUUAGACUUCUGCUUCCUUCCAAAACCUGAUGCGGAUAGGUUAAAUACAUUGUUAAAUACUGUGAUGGAUGAGAAUGAAUGUGCAUUUUUAAAGAAAUAUUGCGAAAGCGAUGACCAGGAGACGCGAAAACACUUUUUAAUUAUGUAUAAUAUUCAUCAUGGAAAUAUUAUUGAAUCUAUUAAAGAAAAUGAGUUGUUGAGGCGACAGAGCGAAGGCGGUGGAAGUGGAACAGUAAGCACCCACAUGCGGAAUAAAUAUAUUGGAAGCAUUAUGGAGACUCUACCUCCAAUGCAACUAAAAGAAAUUUCUAUGGAAGUCGAUAAAGCUUUAAGCAGCGAUAAAAGAAUAAAUAACCUUAGUGUAACAAAAUUUAUUGAACUGGAUGAAAUGAUGAAACAAGAAACACAAAUAAUUCAUUCUCCAAUAUUGUCCUUUCAGCCAUCUGUGCGGGAUUCGACACAACUUUCUCCAGAAAGACAAAGAACAACACCACCGUCAAACAUUGAUACCCCAGUUUUGACAGAUCAUUCUCCUUUUACGUCGCCUCAGAAUGAUCGUACUCCGGUGAAACAAGAACCAUCAUCAGGAAAGCGAAAGAGUCGAUCUAUAACUACUCCUACUCCUACUCGUACAAUAAUUACUCGAAGCAUGGCUAAGA